AUGCUCAGACUGACCCGACGCUGCACUCGUUCGGAGGAGGCCGCAGACGUUCCAGGUCUGACUUGGGAUGAGGCUCGCGCUGCAUUCGCCACAGGCGUUACUGCUUCCAUCCUCGAGGACGGCGCCGAGGAGGGUGAGGCUGCCAUUUGUGUCUCCGUGCCAUAUGAGGUCGACGACCCGGCCAAGACCCGUGACGCCGUUUCGGUCUCGUUCGAGGCCGGCGGCCAGGAGGCAGUCUACGACUGCUUCCUCCUUACUGAUGGAGCCAACUUCUCGAUUGAUGCAGCGGACUACUCGGAGGCGAAUGUCGGUAUUGCUGGUGGUGAGCUUGUCGAUGGUUCUUUCACAGCUCAGAGGAUGAGUGAUAUGAUUGUUGAAGCACUGUCCAUCCAGCGAGGUGGACGCGCUUCCCGGAUGGACAGGCGAUGGGUGAUGAUAGGUUCCAUGUUGAUGUAUGAGCAUUUGGUCUUUCGAUAG